AGUCUUGCCGCGACGCUCGUGCCAAACGCAUCCGUUCCAAAAUAGACGAGAACAUUAGCAAACCGACAGCUCAGGAGCAGCGCGCAAUGUUGGCCAAAGCCGUCGGCUAUGGCUAUUGCCUGGCCUAUGUGCUGGCACUUAGUAGUUGGCCCGGCGCCGCAUAUCCCGCCAAUAGCUAUCGGGAUCUGGACAUAUGCAAUCACUGGAACGGCAGGCGACACUUCCUGGAGCUGGGCGAACGUGGCGAGCUGCAUGCGCGCAAUGUCAGCACCACGGCCUAUCGAAGCUCGCCUCUGAGCCUCAGGAACGAUCUGGCUGCGGUCGAUGUGUGGUACCAAUGCAAUCUGGAGCUGGUCACCUGCGCCGAGUGUGUUAUCCGCGUGACCUUCACGCAUGCCAACUUCUCGAAGAGCUGCAGCAAUACGAAUACCAACAUGUGUCCCUGCGAGCACAUACAGUUCUCGGAACCGCCUUAUGACACCACCAUCUCCGGGCAGGAGUUCUGUGGCGAUGGCAAGGUCUUCCGCAGCAAGACCCGGACUCUGCAGCUCAAGUUCUUCUACAGGGCCACAAAUGCGCAUGUCUUCUCGCUGCAAUACUUCUCCGAGCGUAACGUGAGGAUUGUUAGCGGCUCGCCCAAGCAGUCCAUCGUGGGCAAUGGCAAUGUCAAGUACCUGCCGCAGGUCAUAUCGACGCCCUAUUUCCCCAUGGCCUAUCCGCGGGAUUAUGGCAUUGAGCACAUACUCACCUGCGAGGCGGACAAUUGUCAGGUGCGUCUGGACUUUACCGACUUUCAGCUGGGUCUAGCCUCUACGCUGGAGAUCUUUGACUCCAAUGGCCAGAUGCUGGACUCCUAUACGGGCGAGCACUUUCGUCCGCCCAUCGCCGUGAGCAGCGGCAAAUCUUUGCUGCUCCAGUUUCGUGGCAAUUCCGCAUCGGGCGUGGGCUUUCGCGCCGAGGUGAGCUUUGUCUCCUCCAAGCAGCUAAAGGACGAGCGACUGGUGCCCUACACGGACUGCGGUGGCAUGGUUACGGGACCGGGUGGUGCCAUAACUAUGAUGAACAUGAUCGAGAACGCGACAGAUGUGCGACUCUUUGACUGCAUCUGGAUUAUAAAGCCGGGCAAUAACUACAUGAUGAUGAAAACCCACAUAUCGUUGCGUGUGGAUGACUUUUAUGGCAUGGCAGCGCGCUCGGAGCUGAUCAUCAGGCAGGGCACCACCUCUGAUGCAACGGAAAUUGAGAACGUAAUGUGGCCAAAUAAUGGACUCAGCAAGGAGAACCACAUUGCGCCCAUCUUGACGGGCUACUAUAUACGACUGCGCGGCGUCUUCGGCAUGUCCUCCAAACUGGCCAUUGUCUACAGCGUCUUCAACUACUUGAAUUGCUAUAUCGGCUCGGAGUUUCUGUGCGGCAACAAUCAUUGCAUCUCAAUACGGCUGCACUGCGACGGCUUCGAUCAUUGCGGCGAUGGCAGCGAUGAGCCCGACACCUGUGAGGAGGAUUGGGCGCAUUUGCAUCACGACCGGCGCUGGUAUUCCCACAAGCCCAACUAUUACUUUCCCAAGAUCGAUCAGUAUCCGGAUUUGAAGACGGCCACCGGCAUAUUCAUAGUCAGCACCAUGGGCAUCUUUGGCGUUCUGUCCGGCUGGAUGGUCAUACUCUAUCGCAUGGGCGUGCGGGCGCGACAUCAGCGCGAGUUGCAAAGCCAUUUGCAGACCAUUAGCGAGCUGCUCGAUCGGCAGGACGAGGAGCGCACGCCGGACGAGCCGCCCAGCUAUGAGGCGCCGCCCGACUACGAGGAGGUCAUCAAAGUGGGCAUGCAGCAGGAGCUGCGCGAGCCGCGUCGCCAGCGCCGACGCCAACGUGGCCGCGAUCGCGCCUGCAGCCGGGCGCCCAGCAAUUGCACCGUGCAAUCGAUGGUGCCAGUGCAUCGCAGCUGCAGCCUGGAUCGGGAGCGGGAUCAGGAACAGCCCAGCACCUCGGCGGCGGCUAUGACGCGCGCUACAGACGCCGCACAGGAUGCUACACAGACGCCGCAGCAGCUGGCCCAGCGCAUGCUGCUGGCCACGGCCAUUUGUGACGCUGCAGGCACGUCUGGCACGCCGGGCGGCACCCGCACAGGCGCGCAGCAAUCCGUGGGGCAUGCAGCGGGCACGGCAUCGCUACCCGCUGGGCGUGAACUAUCCACAGCCGCUGGAGCGGCAAGCACGCCCAACAGCGCGGCGGACGACUGCACCGACGCCUUUCGAGACGAUUCACUCAAUAUAUCACUCACUCUAGGGCUGCCCACCAGCACAGCCGACAGCGGGAGCGGCAGCUUGACGCCGCCUAACAACCAGAGCCUGACCAGCAACUGCACCGAGCAUACGUAUCUGAAGCGUUCCUGGCUGCUGGUGCAGCAGACGCCACAUGGUCAGCGCUGUCGCGUGCAGCGACUGCGUCACACUUUCUCCUCGCCGGAGGCGUUCUGCGCGCCCGAGCUGCAGCUGCCAUAUCCGGACUUUUUCAGCUACGGCACCAAUAUGCCGCACGAGCGCAGCAGCAGCAACUUUGGCUCCGAGCUGUCCCGCGAUCCCUCCAGCUACAGCGUCGGGAAGCGUGCGCGCCUGCAGUCGGACCUGACGCUGGAGCCGCCCAGCGACAGUGAGACGGAGCAGCAGGUGUCCUGCUUUGGCGCCGUGGCGCGACGUCGCGUGCGCAGUCGCUCCUUCAGCAGCAGCGCCUCGCGUGCCGGCAGCGGCCCGAGAAGACGCCUCCGGCAGCGCAGCUCCUCGGCAGAUCUGCUGAUCUAUGCGAGCAUGCAGCGGGAUGGCAAUGAGCAUGCGGAAGGCAACACAUUGCAACGCUUGUUUUUCAUAUAGGGUGGAUUAUAUAGGAAUAGUAUUAUGGAACGAUAGUAUUAUGCCUGGUGUGAUGCUGUUCAGGAACUGGUCUUAAAGCUUAACUUAUAUAAAUUUAUACUAGCUGGCAUAUCUCAGCAUUGCGUGGUCCAAGCUUGUGCUCCAAUUUUAGUCAUCAACUUUCCAUCCAUUUUCCACGCGUGGAAAAUUUUAGUCUAUCCUUAAUAUCUUAAUAUCUUUACUUAGAUAGUUAAGCCCAUCGAACUAAGAAACAAAAAUUGGUAUCAACGUUUUCCACACAUGGUCGGAAAGCUUGAAGCCCAAAAAUAUACUU